AUGCAAAAGGUUAAUUCGCCCGGCUUUAUCGAGAUCGAUACGUCGCUCCAUCGUACUAUCGUGUGGUAUUUUAGGAAAAAUGUCGAUAAUGUAGCAAGUUACCGAGCGUUCCUAAAUUCAAUAGAGUCCGAAUUAAUCUCGAAAUUACGUGAGUGCGGGCGUAUUAAUCCGAUCAAAUACAACCUGAAAUUAGAGGCCACAUACGUCGUACCAAAUUUACACAAUUCAGCUCAAAAUCGCGCAUUUAAAACUUCGGUCCGCGAAUUAUACGUACACAGUUGUAAUGUCGAACGUUUGGUCGAUCGCGAUUUCUCAGCGCUCCUCGCCGAAGAGGAUUACGCCGGAAAGUAUAGUGGUUUUUCCUUAUCGUGCAUCGAUGGACUGCUCUUGGGUGUGUACGAGUACACGCCUAUGGGGGGAUCGUCGUACUUACCGUUGCCGGAGAGUAUUCUCAACCGGAAUGAUGUUAUCAACCCUCAAAAUAUCGACCGGCAAUGUUUCAAGUGGGCGAUCCUAGCCAAACACGUACUUUGCGAUCGCGCGCGAGUAGGCACGAAUUAUUCGAGCGAAGAACACCGAUACGACUUUUCUGCACUCUCAACCCCCACUCCGGUGUGCGAGAUAAAGGUAUUUGAAAAGUCGAAUCCCGGCACGAUUGUUAAUGUAUACGGCGUAAGAAAAUGCGUAAAAAAUAAAAAUAAAAACAAUAAAAAGUCGUCCACACAAUCUGUCGCGUACCCUCUGCGAAUCGCGGCUGAAGAAAAGGAAGAUCAUUUUGACCUGCUACUGAUUACCGGGAAGGAUGACAAGAAUCAUUAUGCGUUCAUUUCUAAUUUUUCACGCCUAGCCAGUUCGCAAAAAAAUAAUCACCAACAUCGAUUGUUUUACUGCAAACGGUACUUCGCCAGUUUACUGUGCGGCGCACACAAACCGGUUGUUCCUCUUAUGCCGAAAGAAGGAGACACGCUCAAAGACCAAAGUCGUGGCGUGGUGUAA